UAUUCACACAAAUGGAGUUAAAAAAAAUAUCUGUUCACAUAAAAACACCUAAUUUCAUGCACAUUUGAGCCAAUCAGAAACCUGAAAACACGCACGUCUGCCGCUGCACGAAAAUAAGUCCCUCGCCACAUUGCAUUUUGAAGUUUGCAGCUUUACUCUAUCAUGGAUUUUUGUUUUUUGGCCUAAGUUAUACUUUUUCAUACAUAAAAAUGUCUAAAUGAAGUAAAAAUAUCAAUACUACAGUAAUAUUGGCCACUAGAUGAAACCAAAGCGAUCAUAGCGCUGUUCAGUAUCGUGGCCACUGAUUGGCUCAGCCUUAAGCAGCAUUACUACCGGUAUAUAAGAUUAGGAAAAUGUAAAGGUGACCAUGUGGGUGGUAUUUCAUGUUUACAAGCUCUAGUAGUGUAAACAAAACUUAUUUAAAAGGUCAUGAAUGUGCAGAAAUGUAUUUCCCACGGUCAGGCCUGGAACAAAUGAAGCAAGGGAUUACUGUACAUUCAUGAUCGGUUGUGUUUCAAAACAAAUACUUUUAGGACACAAACGUAAAAGCUCCAUUUCACCCGUCUACAUACUGUCGCUGCAUUUCCCCCCUCGAAACACAUUAAAAAAAGAUGCAUUUUUAAAUUAUUCAAACAGAUUUGGACAUGGCCUAUUUUUCUCGGGGACUCCCCAAUAACAAAUAUUUCUGGAGUUUUCUCCUCACCAAAGACUUUCAGCAGAAACUAAAAAUCAAUCAAUUUGGCUUAAUUGACAUUACCUUAGCAGGAUUAAAACAUUUCUUGUUUCUUAAGCUGCUGUGCCUCCCUUGAAGCCUUCUAGCAUCUCCCAAAUAUAAAAAGCACACAAAAGGCCCUUUCAGGUGAUCCCACCCAUAGUCUUUGUAGAUAUUGUGAUUAUUAUAUUAUAUUUUUGUAGCAAAGAUAGUUUUUCAUUGUAGUGAACAUGUAUACGGCAGAUUUACUGUGAACUGACUGGUGUAUUGAGUAAAAUUAAAUGUGUAAGCUACUUAAAGCAAAUAAAUUGAUUUAAAUUAGUGCUGUCAAAUGGUUAUUUAUUUAUUUAUUUUGAGUUUGGAUUAAUCGUGAUUAAUCACAGGUUAUUACUCACGUGCGUCAUUUAAAUUCUAUCCAGCAACAUUUUUAAAAUGUUUUACUUGAAUGUACAUCAUUUAUUGAAACUUUGGUAACAGUUUAAAGUCCCAACGCUUUAUUUUCAAGUGAAAUUUCCCAGCAAACACACCAGCCGGAGUCUCCUCACUCAUCUCUUUACUGACCUGAUCACUGACCGUACAACAACCCCUACCUACCGCCUUUCAGCCCUACCUGAGUCAGUUCCCCUUAGAGUGUGCACACACAGCAUUCAAGUAUUUGAGCAAUGCUAAAACAGGACAAAGUGUCAUCUCCUGUCACAGCAGCUGUUCCCUCUGAUGCUAACCAACACUGCUCACCACCAUCAGGGAUUCAUGACUACAUUUCCACAGCACGUCGAAGCCAGGAAACCCAUGUAAUAAGUACCAAAACAAAGCUGACAGUUUUUGUGUCGUUCUUCUGCGUUGACUUUGCUUCCUAAAGUCCAUUUCUUGGUAGAAAAGCUCAUUCAGCGAGGGCUACCAACAAUUGCCAUUUCUAAUCGCCAGGGUGACGAGGCUUGGCAGUUGUUUUUACUCCAUGACAGCUGUGUGCUAUAUUUGGAGGAGCACAGUUAUAUUAACCGUAGCUUCAGAUCUCACUGCCUUAAAGCUCGGUGUCCUCACUACACUGCCACACUUUGUGAGCAGAAUGGACCCUCAAGGCUUGAAGGAAGAUCUCCGCCUCUUUCAGAGCACUUUGCUUCAGGAUGGACUCAAAGAGCUCCUGAAUGAGAACAAGUUGGUGGACUGCAUCCUUAAAGUGGGUGACAGGAGCAUCCCUUGCCAUCGGCUCAUUCUGGCCGCGUGCAGCCCCUACUUCCGGGAGAUUUACUUCUCCGAGGACGGCAGGGAAAUGGACAAAAAGGAAGUGGUUUUAGAGGAUCUGGAGCCCGGCGUUAUGGAGGUGAUUGUAAACUACAUGUACUCGGCAGAGAUCGACAUCAAUGACGACAACGUGCAGGACAUCAUGGCGGUGGCCGGUCGCUUCCAGAUCCCCUCGGUGUUCACCGUAUGUGUCAAUUAUCUCCAGAAGAAGCUGACCAUGAAGAACUGCCUGGCCGUCUACAGGCUGGGGCUGAUGCUCAACUGCCCCAGACUGGCGAUAGCAGCUCGGGAUUACAUCGCCGAUCGCUUUGUGACCGUCGCUAAGGAGGAGGAUUUCCUAGACCUUGCCUCUCAUGAACUCUUCGCUCUUAUCGGAGCCGACGCACUGAAUGUGGAGAAGGAAGAGGUGGUGUUUGAGAGCCUCAUGAGGUGGAUCAGGAAAGACAAGGAGAAUCGCAUGAAAUCCUUAGAAGAGGCGUUCGACUGCGUCCGCUUCCGUUUACUCCCCGAGAAAUACUUCAAGGAAAAGGUGGAAAAGGACGACGUCAUCAAGAGCAACCCGGAAAUUGUCAAAAAGAUCAAAGUCAUCAGGGAAGCGCUUGCGGGGAAGUUGCCCGAGAAGGAAAAGGGAGACGGAAGCGAAGAGGUGAAGUUGCCUGGAUACUUGAACGAUACCCGCAGAUACGGCAUGCACGCCAAAGACGUAGUGCUGAUGCUCAACGACAACGCGGCCGUGGCCUACGACGGCCAGGAGAAUGAGUGCUUUUUGGCUGCCAUGACCGAUCAGAUUCCUCGAAACCACGUCAGUCUGGUGUCUAAGAACAACCUCUACGUGCUGGGAGGGCUUUUUGUAGACGAGGAGGACAAAGACCACCCGCUACAGUGUUACUUCUACCAGCUGGACAGUCUGGCUGCUCGCUGGAUAGCGUUGCCCCCCAUGCCCUCCCCCAGGUGUUUGUCCGCCCUGGGUGAGUUUGACAAUCUCAUCUUUGCUGUGGCGGGAAAAGACUUGGAGACCAACGAUUCUCACGACACUGUGAUGUGUUACGACACAGAGAAAAUGAAGUGGUCCGAAACCAAGAAGUUGCCUCUGAGCAUUCACGGACACUGCGUGGUCUCUGAGAACGGACUGGUGUAUUGCAUCGGUGGGAAAACAGACGAUAAUAAAGCCAUCAACAAGAUGUUCGCAUACAACCACAAGAGAGCAGAGUGGAAAGAGGUGGCCUCCAUGAAGACACCUCGCUCCAUGUUUGGGGCGACUCUCCACAAGGGCAAGAUCAUUGUGGCUGGAGGAGUUCAUGAAGGAGGCCUCACUGCUGACUGUGAAGCAUAUGACUUUGCAACCAACAAGUGGUCAGCGUUCACAGAGUUUCCCCAGGAGAGAAGUUCAGUCAACCUGGUCAGCUGCGGUGGACUACUUUAUGCCAUCGGAGGCUUCGCCAUGGUGGAAAACGAGAACAAGGAGUGCACGCCUGUGGAAGUGGUUGACAUUUGGCAGUAUGAAGAGGACAAGAAAGAGUGGGCGGGGAUGAUCAGAGAGAUGCGCUACGCAGCUGGAGCGUCCUGUGCGGCGAUGCGCCUCAAUGUAGCCAGGAUGCCAAAACUCUGAACACCGCCGAACCGUGUCCUUUAUAAAGAUAAAUGCAUGUUGACGAGUCAGUUAGCAUGUAACAGUACAAUAUCACAGUUUUUGUGGUUUUAGUCUGCUUAAUAUUUCCUUUUCAGUGUCCGAGUGCAUCUAAAAAGCUGUCCAUUUGUAUUAUUAAAUAUAGUCAUGUAAU